AUGCCCUUUAUUGUUAGUAGCCACGACACCCCCUGCUUCUUGCAGGUAGGUUCAGUCGGUCAGUUGCUGGCUCUAAACCAGGUCGAGGGUCAUUCUCUAAUUCUUUUGCAGUACUGCUUGUCGUUUGCGAAUGCCGCCAGUCGCGACAGUCGCAGUGGUCGAGUCGGAAACGGCUAUCUUGGCUGUUCAAUUGUCGGUCUUGGUCGGGAGGGUGUUCAGCGAGGGGCUCAUAACCACUUGAAGUGUGUUCGAUGGCACAUGCCUUAG